GUAGGGUUGUCCACAACUCACCAGCGCGAGCCAACCGAAUCGGUCUUAAUGGCCACCGCCAGGGCCCAUACUGCCACUAAGUAGUCAUGCCAUGUAUAUGUAUACCACUGUGUCGCGGCGGUGCAACUGUAUACGCUUCGUGCUGAGAGUUUGAAGUUUGCCAACACGCCGUACACGCCCGAACCGCCAGCCAGGGCAAAUCCAGGCCGGCGACAAAUUGUGCGCUCAGGCCCAUGGUCCUAAAUACUGUGUAUUCAUUUUGACCUGCAUCACACGCGCUUCUCACAACCGUAUAGAAGUCCCGAAACCUGCGAAAUGAAACUCAGAACGGGCUGUUGACGCCGACGUGUUGAAGGGAAGCGUCUCCAUGGUCUCUCACGGCUGGAACAAUCGCUUAGACUGGAGCACCCUCGAGCUGCUCCGCGUACUGGACGAGGGCGCGUAUGGAGUCGUUGUGGCAGUUCGCCAUCGACACACUAAUGAGCUGUACGCCGUCAAAGCGGGGAAGCACGCCUCGUCUGACGCGCGAGUGCUGUACCAAACAUUGCGUGAGAUUCGAGUGUUGCGGAGCAUUCCGCCGCACCCAUGCGUGAUACAGCUUGUGGAGGCCUUUCGGUCUGCGGGCAAGGGUGAGCACAUCUACCUGGCGUUCGAGUUCGCUCAUGGCGGUGGGCUGCACAAGGAGCUGGAGCGGCUGCCCGGGCGCUGCCUGCCCGGCCCGCUGCUCAAGGUGGUGGCGUGGCAGCUGCUGCACGCACUGGCGCACUGCCACGAGCACAAGGUCAUCCACCGAGAUGUCAAGCCCGCGAAUGUGCUACUCUCACACGCCAUUGCACCACUGGUGCCGCUCGCGGCGUCGGCGUCGGCGUCGGUGUCAGCGGCCCCGGCACAGGCCGCCUCCUCACACGCGGCCGCCUCAGCACCCGCUCCUGACGUCGCGGAGGCGCAGCCCACCAAGCGCAUCCGCGUCGACAGCAGUGGCGCUGCCAUUGGCGCUGCCAGUGGCGGCUGCGGCGGCGGCCUUUCGACUCCUGGCGCCCGCGGCACGGGCAGCGGCUGUUCGGCUGCCAUGUCGUCGUCUUGCACCAACAGCGACUCGGCGGAGUCCCAGAGCCAGCUCAGCGACCCCAAGCAGGCGGCUGUCGCUGCUGACCCCGCCGCUGCUGAUAGCGCGAGCGUGGUCGUUGCGGCGGAGGCGGGCGCCGAGGCGGGUGCCGAGGCGGCAGGGCCCUUCCCGCUGAUAAAGCUGUGUGAUUUUGGCUUUGCGCGGCCCUGCGCCUGCACGGAGCCCUGGUACGCGGAGCGCCAUUCGUCCUACGUGGUCACGCGCUUCUACCGCCCUCCCGAGGUGCUUCUGGGCGACAAGUACGGCGCCCCAGUGGACGUGUGGUCGGCGGGGUGCACCCUGGCGGAGCUGGCCACUGGGCGGCCGCUGUUCCCAGGCCGCUCCUCUAUGGACCAGCUGUGGCUCAUCCUGGCGGCUCUGGGCCCCCUCCCGCCACGCAUGGCCGCCAGCCUGCAGUCCCACACACACCUGUGGCCUCUGGCCAUGGAGCUGGGCCCGCACCACCACCAGCUGGCGCAACAGGGCGCCGGCAGCUCGGCAGCAAGCAGUGCCGGUGUGGCGGCUACGGUGACUGCCGCUGCGGCUGAGGCGCAGCGGGCGGCGGAGCGAUCCAACGCCGUCAGCUCACUUUCCCUGCUGCUGCGGCCGCAGGUGGCUGACUCGGCAUUUACGCAGCUGCUGGCGGCGUGCCUGUCCCUGGACCCCCGACAGCGCCCCAGCGCGCGACAGCUGCUGGCAAUGCCGUACUUCGACGAGGUCCCGGCCCUGCUGCGGGGCACCUCCCUGGCACCGCUGCUGACCAAGCUGCAGCCCGCUGCCGCUGCCGCCAGCUGCAACCCCAUCCGGCGCAAGCAUGUCGGCCCUGAUCCCGACCCGGCUCUAGCUCCUGACACACCUGCUGCUACCCCUUCUACCCCUGCUACUCCGGCUGUUGCGGGUGCGGGUGCUGGUGCUGGUGCCGUCGCCUCUGGCAAGGUCUCGCGCUCGGCCACGUCAGCCUACGUCGCCGAGCAAGUACCCACACGCCCCCAGCUGCCCCAGCGGCAUGCGUCUGCCACUGACUCGACGCCGCCUCAUCAGGCGCAGGCGCAACGGACUGAACUGCCGCAGCUGCCGCCACGGCCGCAUCCGCCGGCUCCGCCUGCUGUGCCGACACAUUCGGUAGGCCCCCAGACGCCUAAACAGCUGGCGCCGCAGCAGCCGCAGCAGCCGCAGCAGCCGCAGCAGCCGCCACAGCAGGCGCAGCAGGCGCAGCAGCCGUCACAGCAGCCGCCCGCCGUACUCGACGUGAGCCUGGGGCCAUACGGCUACGACACCGGAUGUCCGCGCCAGCAGCAGCCCGGCCGCCCCAACCCCAAGCGCGCCGCCACCUCCGGCGCCCUGCUGUCUGGCGGCGCCGGCAGCUACUGUGUGGAGGGCAGCGGGGUGCUGCUGUCGACCACUGGCGGCAUGCGCUGCGAUGGCGGGGGCGCGGCCGCCUGUGGCUCGGGAGCCGGUGGCGUCGCACAUGGGGCUGUCAGCGGCUCUACGCCGGGUGCUUGCCACCCGCACCAUAACCAGCAGCAGCACUGCUAUAGGCCGCUUGGAAACCAGGCGCCACCCAUGCACUGCAAGAGCGGCUGCCCGUCCGUUCAUGCUGGCGAUGGUGGGGGCGACAGGCGGCAGGUGGAGCCGACGAAUGGCAUAAUACCCAGCCAGUUUGCGGGUGGGCCCGAGGCCCCUGCGGCCAAGGCAGCGAUUAAUGGCGGCGUCGCGGGAGUAGGGGCACCUUCUCUGCCGCAUAUCCGGGCCACGCAGGCGCGCACAUCCGUUGACGAGGCUGCGGCUGCUGCAGCGUCUGCCAGCACUCCCGCGUGCCCGCACCGCGCAGGCACUGGCAUUGGCUACUGGCCCACAGGGCAGCAGCAGCGCUCGCAGCCCCCGCCGGACCUUCAGCAGCCCCUGAGCGGCGGCUGCGACGCCCAGGCGGCGACGGAUGCCGCCCUGAUGCAGGAGGUCAAGGAGGAUGGCCAGGGCUUUGAGGCCGCCUAUGAUGACCUGUACGACAGCUUUGACUUCAUCGACGGCGACUCCCCAGCCAUGGACUCCACACCUGUGCGGCAUCAGCAAUACCAGCACCAGCACCAGAAGCAGGCGCCACAGUCACACCUGCUACAGCCACCGUCGGCGCCACAUCCAGUAAAGGUGCAGCUUCUGGCGAAGGACCAGCCGCCAAGGCAGCAGCCGCAGGCGGCGGCGGUGGCAGUGCGCCAUUGCACCACGUCUGGCGUCUCAGCAAGCAGUUGUGGUGUGACUAGCAGCAGCAGCCGCGGCGGCUUCGUUGAUACCACCGCGGGUGGCAGUGGCGCGGACGGUGCUGGCACCGGUUGCGACAGCAGCAGCCGCGGCCGCAGCCAGCAGCAGGGCGGCCUCACGGCUCUCACCUCCAACUCGUGCAGCAGCGGGGCCGUGGUGAUGGUUGACACGGACGUCAGCCCGCGGGGCUUGAACGCCCCUGUGUGGACGAUGAGCGGGGGCGCGCCCGCUGCAGCAGCAGCCCACGGUGAAGCCGCCGCCUGUAUGCGCACGCGUCUCCUUCGCGCUCCCAUGCCUGCUGGCGACGGCGGCAGGGGCAGGAACCUGUUUCAGACCGGAGGGAUCAUCGGCGCCACGACCGGUGGCGUAGCCGGCAGCGUUGGCGACGGCGCCAGCAUCUGCGUCGGCGGCGCUGCGCCAGGAUCAUCAGUGCCCGUGUCAUGGGCCGGCGCCAACGUAGCUGCUGCUGGCACGCGCCUGCGGGCAGAUACAGCAGCAGCAGGUGGGAAUGCGCGCGGCUCUGAAGGCCCAGCAGCUGCUGCGGCCGCCCACCGAGCGUUCAAAAGCGCCGCGGGAGGCAGUAGCCGGCAGCUGCAACACCAGCAGGAGCAGCAGCAUAGCCAACAACGGCCGCACUACAUGAUGCUGGCUGCGCUAGACAGCAGUAUUAUGGCAUCUGACAUGUGUGUCACGUCCGACUGCGGUGACUUCACUACUGCGGGCGGCAGCACCGGCGCUGGCGGCGGCUCUGGGGCCAGCCACUUCAACACCAUGACCAUGACCACGUUCGGCACCAACACCACCAACGCAAUGACGAACCGUUCGUACCACAUGGGCAGUAGUAACAUUGCCCCGCAGCACGUGCGCGGCUCGUUCGAGUCGGCGUCCGAGCAGCAGCGCCGCAACGCCGCGGCUUCUGAGCCGCGGGCUCAGCUGUGCAGGAUGCAGUCGGCCAGGACACAUGCGGCGGCUGGUGGAGGCGGGCAUGUGCCUCAGUUCAGCCGCCCGCAGCAGGGGCCGCAGCCCACCACGCGACGCUCCUUCGGUGAAAACGUGCGCGUAUGUGCUGCAAAUGCUGCUGCCGCAGCGGCAGCCGCUGCAGCCGCAGCUGCAGCAGCCGCCACAGCCUCGGCCGCGUCUGCCGCGCGCGAGGCUCAGCUGUCCUGCAGCAUCUCUGGCGCGCCGUCGACAAUAGACUCCGGCCCGCUGCCAUCCACGGCACAGCAGCAGCAACAGCAGCAGCACGUGGCACUGACAGCCACCGCCGGCUCGGGGAGCUGCGGAGGCUCCUUUGGGGAGGCCGACGUCGCACAUCUGCCACCCCUUUCUGACCAUUUCCACACAUCCCACGGCUACAGCCUCCCCAGCGCUGCUGCUACUGCCGUGGUGGGCAGCGGCGCAGGUGCCCCGAUACUCCUUCCGCUGCCUCCUCACGCCUGCAUGGUCGGUGUGGAGGGACUUUGCGUCGUUGGCAACGCCACAGCAUUGGAAACGCAUAACGUCAGCCCCAUCUUCGGCAACACCAUCCACGGCAGUGCUGGCGCUGACGCAGGCGCAACAAUUGAGCUCGCCACUGGCUCCGCCGACUCGAGCGCACUGCAGGUCGUCACCAUCGCCGGCUGCUCCGAGAUCCCGGCGAUUGCCGCGGCCCUCACCGCUAGUGGCGGCUGCGCUGGCAGCGGCGGCGUCAUCGCAGCGUGCUGCAGCACGUCGUCCUCGUCGCAUGUGCCGCGUGUGCUACAGCCUGCGGCCAGCGCGCCGGCGGCGUCCAUGCACAGCAGUGCAGGUGGAGGCGACGACGCCGUCGGCGCGGCGUCGCUGUCGCUGAUGCCCGCACCUGCGGUGGCGGCCUGCCGUCGCACAUUCACGCCUCAACUGGUGACGGCACCGCAUCAGCCAGGCACGGUUGCGGCCGCAGCUGCACCGGCCCACGGCGCUACGUAUCAAGCACAGCGAGGUGAUGGGGAGGAGCUCCGGGGCCCCUCGUGUCUGCCAUUCCUAACUCUCGGCAGCCGUGGCAACAGAGCUGCUGCUGCCACCACCGCCACACCAGCUGCCAACUCCAACACUAACCACGACAGUGGCAGCUGCAGCCAGCCGGGUGUCUUGCAGCGACUGCGCACGUCUCUGAGGCGUGCGUUGGGCUCCCUGCGGCGUGGCGGCGGCGGCAGUGGUGAGGCCAUGCGCCGGCUGCCUGCUUCUAGCGCUGAUGCGGGUGGCGGUAGUGCCGUGGUGGCGGCGUUUGCGGAGGCUGCCAGGCGCGAUCGGGCUCCAGCUCCCGAGCUAGCCGUGCCUGCAGCGUCAGCCCUCGCUGCCCGCGCUUGUGCGGUCCCGCCUGCAGCCGGCCCUUUGGCCGCUGUAGACGCUGAUGAGGCUCCUGCUGCCGUGAUUACCGUCGCCCGCGUCGCCACGGCUGGUCCCUUCGGCUCCAGCUCACACACGGCGGCCGCCAAGAUGCAAGCUUCGCAGCCGCAGAACGUGGCCUCAAUCUCAACCGCAACGAAGGUUUCUGAUGUUGUGGUCACUGGCAGCAACAGCAACAGUGACAGCAGCCGCGGGCGCCGGCCGUCGGGUGGGAGCUCCGACGGCGACAUGGACACCUUUGCUGCUGAGGCCCAGACGGAUGGUGCCACCCAGCAACAGCGGGGCGUGUCACCGCUGCGGUCAUCGCUGCAGCAGGCGCAGCCCAAGGCGGGCAGCAGGUCGAGGCUGCUGGUGAAUCGACCGCGUCGGUGCCACACGUACAACGCCAGGUCGCCGGCAGGCGUGCCCUUCAGCACUGGCGCCGUGCUGGCAGCAGGGGCGGCGGCCCAAACGCCCGCACCAGCCGCCGCAUCUGCUGCGGCUGGCAGCGCCAGGCCGGGAGAUGCCCAGGUGCCGCGCGCACACUCCAGCAUGCAAGCCCACCAGCGGGAUCACCCAUGCCAGCAGCAACAUCGGAAGCCUGCCGACAUCGACACUGGAUGUGAUGGCUGCGAUAGCUGCGGCGGUUACGGCGGCUGCGGUGAAGGAACAACAAGUAACAUGUUUACAUCCGACUGCGCGGGUGACACUUGCUCAAUGGCCAACACUGUCAGUGCCGGCGGCUGCUUCGCACAGCAAUCGAGCUCAUUUGCUGCAGCCAUCAGUGGGCUGCGCACCGGCUGUAGCAUAGAACUGCUAGACACCACUUACUGCUUCGGAGCCGCCGGUGGCACCGUCACAAGUUAUGAUUAUGCGGCCUUCGGCGCGCGUGGUGGCGCUGCACAAGCGCCCCUGCACGCCUACGGUUCAUACAGUGCCUGUGGCAGUGGCAGGGCCAGUGCCGGCGCCAGCGCGUUGGCUGGCGCAGGCUUGAAUGGCUGUGGCGUUAAAGGCGGUGGCGGCGCACCCGUAAAGCUCCUGAGUGCGCUGCAAAAUGAAGGUGGCGGACCAAAGGCGCUUGCAGCGGUGACGCAGGCGGCUUCCAUCCAGGCAAGCUCCAGCUCCACUGGCGUCUAGUUCCACAACGCGUCUUCCUGCCAAGAGGUGUUGCAUGAGGAUUACAACCAAGGGGUCCCCUCAAAAGCAUUGAGAUUGGGCCACGCGAUCAGAUCCGGUCGGCUAGCUCAGCCCACCGGUAUGGUUGGCACCGUGUGUGUGUGUGUGUGUGUGUGUGUGUGUGUGUGUGUGUGUGUGUGUGUGUGUGUGUGUGUGUGUGUGUGUGUGUGUGUGUGUGUGUGUGUGUGUGUGUGUGUGUGUGUGUGUCUGUGUGUGUCUGUGUGUGUAUGUAUGUGUGUGUGUGUGCAUAUGUGCGGAAAAUGCGCAAGGCAUAAAACUGUUACACCCCUAGCAUAUGUAUCCAUGGCGCUGUGACAACCACGCCGCUCCCCUGAAGACAAGACAUUUGAGAACUUUGCGCGACUGUACGUGCUCCACUACAACAAUGCCUAACAGGGGGAGAGCGGCCUCAGAUCGGUUAGGUAGCGUCCUGGCGGCACAUGCAGUGUGUAUGACGACACCCUGCGUGCUUUGACUAUUGAUCAGGGGGACUUGACCAGGUUGACGGUUCCUGAGCUGGUGUUGCAUAUAUCGAGAUGUUGUUGAGUCUUGCAGGCGGAAGGUGACGGGGAUUUCAGCUAGAUCGAGAUGCUGACCAGACGCAAGGCGCGUGCCCUGUGACCCAGUUUCCUGCCGAGGGCCACGUACAGUUUUGAACAGACUCCGUGCGGCUAAGACUUGGCGUAGCAUCACAUUUGUGGUUGGAAUGCGCUUGGAGAGCAACGAAGAGCGGUCGAGUGUCAUUCGCUUGCAACACAGCGGGCCUUGAGCACCGUGACCAUAUAGAGACGGAAGCGGUGUGUGUGCCUUCCCACUUGAGGCGACGCCCGGAACAUUCAGGAAAUUCAGUGGCGCAUUUUUGCAUUUUGCACGAGUCGGACACAUGGGUUUUGAUGUGGCAUAAAAUGUAGAUGCGGCUGUGGUGCCGUGCUGUCGGGUGCAACCCUGGUCUGUAAGCGUGGGGAUACGGGGGCUGAAAUUGCGCCCGUGUAAUCAGAACUGUGCGUCACGCGUAUGUACGGCACUGAAGGUCAGGCAAAUGCCAAGUGUGUGCGGCCGCACACUUGCAGACGUGCGUUUGUCUAUGUCUCAUGUGUGUUCCGCAUCAACCUGAGGGAUGACGGCUUAAGGAGCGUGCAUGCCGUAUACCGUACGGUAUGUGAACUCGCCAGUGUGCCAUUGCUGUCAGACGCAGUACACGCUUUCUGAGCGUGCAUUGCUUAAGAAGGGGCUUACUGAAAGGUUUGUUCAUGCGUGAACGGGUGUUUACUGCUCGUUUCAAGAGGACUCGGUUUAGCAGUGAAGUCAGCCUCAGCACCAGCACUUGCCACUGUGCAAUGCAUUUCUCACACUGACCUUACACGUGCACGGCCAUAGUACGAUAAAUUCAUGCAUUUGCCAAAUCAUGAGAAGCACCUCGUUGUUUGCCUAACGGCCACCUGUGUGUUGUGUGAGCGGGAGCUUGGCGGCAGCGCCAAGCACAGCAGAGAUUACCUGUGGAAGCAAAUAUACUGCAUGAUGUUGAGAAUGUCGCAUCCAUGAUAUUUGUGUAGCGCACUUCGGGGCGCAUGUAAAACUGUACGUGC